AAGCUCUCACUUACGGCUCAUUUCCGGUUUCCGUCAACACACGUGUAUGUGUGUGAAGAGAGAACGACAGGGAACCUCUACAGACUCUCUAUAGAACCCGUUUCUAAACCGUUCGGAGCCGGUACCGGUCCACAGUUCGCCAUGCUGCAGCAGUUAGGUCUGAUCGGGACGAUCCGGGACGAGGAGGAGAGUCCGGAGGAGCCCGACACCGAGUCCGAGCAGGAGGACCAGCCGAUCGUCCUCAACAGGAAGAAGAAGUUGGGGAGUUGCGGCACGAAAGACUUUAACACUAACUUUGAGUUUGGCGAGAGAGACGGGCUGAACGAUGACGACAGUUGGGUGAUGGCUGACAUCAUGAAGCAGAUCAAGAACAAGAGAACUGCGACCACUCUGGACCAGAAAAUAGAGAAAAUCAGGAAGAAGAGAAAAGCUGAGGAGAAAUCUGCUGAGAGUGACACUGCUGAAGGUUCUGUGGGGAAGAACCAGGAGGAGGAUAAAGAUGAUGAUGAUGAUGAAGAGCAGGAUGUGAAGCCAGCUGCAGGAGAGGCUGAUGGAGAUGAAGAUGAGGAGGAUGAGUUUGAUUCAAGUGAUGAGGAGAUUCUGACCAAAUCAGACACCCUGAGAGACAAAGAGCGACGGGGAAGGAAGAGGAAGAUGGGAGAGGAGGCUCCGGAGUCGUACUACGAAGAUGCGUCGCAGUACGACGAUCAGCUGACCUUUGAAGACAUGAACCUGUCCCGACCGAUCCUGAAGGCCAUCACAGCUCAGGGCUUCAAGCUGCCAACUCCCAUCCAGCAGGCCUGUGUUCCCGUCGGCCUGCUGGGCAGAGAUCUGUGCGCCUGCGCUGCUACCGGGACCGGGAAGACUGCAGCCUUCAUCUUGCCGGUGCUGGAGCGCUUGGUUUAUAAACCCAGGACGUCCCAGGUGACCCGGGUCUUGGUUCUGGUUCCUACUAGAGAGUUGGGGAUCCAGGUUCACUCUGUGGCCCGGCAGCUGGCCCAGUUCACCUCCAUCACCACCUGCCUGGCUGUCGGUGGGUUGGACCUAAAGUCUCAGGAGGCUGCGUUGAGAGUGGGGCCAGAUGUUCUGAUAGCUACACCUGGCCGGCUGAUCGACCACCUUCACAACACGCCGACCUUUGAGCUGACUCACAUUGAGAUCCUGAUCCUGGAUGAGGCCGACAGGAUGUUGGACGAAUACUUUGAGGAGCAAAUGAAGGAGAUAAUAAGGAUGUGUUCCUUCAACAGACAGACCAUGUUGUUCUCCGCCACCAUGACGGAGGAGGUGAAGGAGCUGGCGGCAGUUUCGUUGAAGCAGCCAAUCAGGAUCUUUGUAAACAGCAACACUGACGUCGCUCCGUUUCUGCGACAAGAGUUUGUCCGAAUCCGACAAAACCGAGAGGGAGACAGAGAGGCCGUGGUGUCUGCCCUGCUGACCCGGACCUUCCAGGAUCAUGUGAUGUGUUUCACUCAGACGAGGAAACAGGCUCACAGACUGCACAUCCUGCUGGGACUGAUGGGGUUGAAGGUCGGAGAGCUGCAUGGAGAACUGAGCCAGAGCCAGAGACUGGAGAACCUCAGGCGCUUUAAAGAUGAUCAGAUUGAUAUCUUGGUGGCGACGGAUGUAGCAGCCAGAGGUCUGGACAUCGAUGGAGUCAAAACAGUGAUAAACUUCACCAUGCCGUCCACAGUGAAGCACUACGUUCACCGUGUCGGUCGGACGGCGAGAGCCGGUCGUUCAGGACGUUCAGUGUCGCUGGUGGGAGAGUCUGAGAGGAAGAUACUGAAGGAGGUCGUGAAGUCCGCCAAGAACAGCGUGAAGGCUCGAGUCCUGCCGCCAGAUGUCAUCUUGAAGUUUAGAGAUCUGAUCUCAAAAUUGGAGAAAGACGUUGAAGCUGUGAUGCGGCUGGAGAGAGAGGAGAGAGAGUUCGCUGCGUCUGAGGCCAAGUUGAGUGUUGCUCAGAAGCGCCUCGAUGGGUCUUCCUCCGUCUGUCAAUCACAGCGAGUUUGGUUUCAGACUCAACAGGAGAGGAAACAGAGCCGAGUGUCGAAGGCUCUGCAGGAGUUCGAUCUCGCUCUGAGAGGAAAGAAGAAGAGACAGAAGUUCCUGCAGGAUGGCGGAAAGAAGGAGCCGACGUCUGAGGAGCGCGCUCAGUUCGAGAUCCUGAAGGCUCAGAUGUUCGCUGAGCGAGCGGCGAAGAGAGAGAGACGCCCGAAGAGAGCGAGGGCGAUGCCGGAGGAAGAGACGCCGUGUAAAACAGCCAAUCACAAAGGAGGAAAAGGCGGAAAGCAGUCUGUGUUUGACAAAGAGCUGACCAACACCAGCAGCAAGGCUCUGAAAACCUACAGAGCUGGACCGUCCUUUGAGGACAGGAAGCGUCUGGGUUUGGACAGGAAGCGUCCGGGUUUGGACAGGAAGCGUCCGGGUUUGGACAGGAAGCGUCCUGGCGGCUCGAGGUUUAACAAGAAGAAGUGAUUACAGCAAAGAUGGCCGCAUGCAGCAGCAGUUUCCUGUCAAUUUCACAUGUUGUCUCUUUGUGUUCACUCUGUAAAUCUGUUUCAGUUAUGUUCAUUAAAGAAGUUUUUAAAAAAG